AUGAACGGCGGCAGCAUGGAUAAGGGCUGGCAGGACAAUGGGAGCGAGAAGGCAAUCAUGACAGAUGCAACAUCAUCAUUGGCCGCCGCUGCGGCCAUUGAACCGUCUGUAAAGCAGCGGCUGCGAACGCAACGCUGUGGAAAGCCAUUACCCCCAAUGAGCCCCACUCAGGCUUGCGUAACUCGGUUCCUCUUGCGAAAAGCUCUAGGGGAGGAGUUGCAAACGACUGUCAUUCGGUGGAAAAAUCCGCCCAAUGGGCAGAAGCACGAGGCUGAGGUAUCCAUUCCGGAUCCGCCAAGAUGGGAGCGUAAAAUACCCAUGCAUUUUUGCCCACUAAGGAGGGCCUAUGUUUGCCCUGUUCCAGUGGUCAAAGGCCGCCUACUGGUGCGGUUCCUUGUAGAUGGUCGCGCUUACGCCCCCCACCAACUGACAAAGCAUGAAGCAGACAUAGGUGAGACGCGUGGGCUUCUGCUGCUUCCUGGAUCGUCUUUGGGGGAUCGCGUGGCUCCUCGGUACCCUUGGAAGGCAGCAAGGCAGUGGCAACAACAGCAGAAAGUGCUGCUUCUGCAACAACUGGACCGGGAGCAGUUCCAGGAUGAGGAACUGCAGCUGAAAGAGCAGCCGCAGCCGCAAGAGCGGCAGCCGGAGCACCCGCAGCAGCAAGAGCAAAAUGAACAGGAUUCAUCAGAACUUGGCCAAGGCGUGCAAUCAUUCCUAGAGACUGGAGUACUUGAAGCCCCUCUGCGCCCCCCUCGACACUUCAGCAUGGGCCUCUUGGGGUCCCCAGACUCGCUGAGCUCCUCCUGGAACUGCAGUCAAGAGGAACCUGGCGCAUACUCAUGGGGUCCUCCCUGCAGGCCCUAUCGUGACCACAGCCGCAGCAGCAACGAAGACGAGGACCUAUCACCGCUACAAAAAAGGCCCUCGUGGGCGUGUGGAAGUCGGAUGCAUCAAGGGAGGCAGCGCCACAUUCCACCAAGGUGGCAACAGCACCAGGAACAACAACGCCCGCAGCACCAGCAGCACCAACAGCAGCAACAGCUGGAGAAUGCUCUAAAAAUGCAAGAACAGGAGCAGCAUAGUCACAAGGAGCGCCGCAACCACGGCCAUCACUCAGCGAACCAUCAGCACAAGCAUGGAGGGAUGGGCGAGUACAAAAGUCUCAGCACCUCCGACUCAGACGGACCCGAGCAUCCUUACUGCCCAGAUGACAGUGCAGGCGAAUCAGCAGCAAUAGAAACAGUAACAACUGCAACUGGGGCAACGGCAGGCUCCGUUUUUACUUCAAAUGGCAAUGAAGAAGCCUCAAGAGGCUUCUGCAGCCCAAAGCCGCCACCGCCACCCAGUACCUGGGUUCUCCGUGGCUCGUUCACCGAUUCACCGAGAGGCCUUUCUCCCGGAAGGGCCCCUAAAGUGGCCAUUCCGGACAUUCGAAUAACAACUGAAGGGCCCCAGCAGAAACUUGGGAUGUCUCCGGAUAGCUGCGAGUCAGAUCCGCAGCUCAGUAGCAUCAGGGCGUCUCAGUAUGCCCCCUGUAAGGCGCUAGACUGGCGCGAGUCAACAGACGACGAGUACCCAUGGAGCUCCUGGCCUUGGGGCCUCUCUAGGAGACCCCUAAGUAGUACAACAGGUGCAGCCCAGAGAAACUCAUCCAGCGCCAAGCAUGCUCAGCUCAGGGAGAGCUGCACGAACCUUGCAAGGGCAAUGUACGCAGAAGAAUCUGACAGCUACACCUGCAGGAGCAACAGCAGCAGCAACACCAGCACACAGUCGAUGCAUUCAAACGGGAUUCGGCAGCCACCUGGGUCCCUCCGCAAAUGUCGUGAUGUCCUUAUAGACAGCGCAGAUUUGACAGGUGGACUUUUGUGGGCCCACAGGAGGAGCCACAGCUACUGGGACCUUAGAAGACCCUUAUCAACAAGCCCUUUGCUGCUAAGGUACACGAGAAGUCUCUCGCUGCAGUGGUAG